GAUACCCCCCUUUUCGUUCUUUCCCUCUCGAACGGUGGAUACCUUUUACCAUUUCUAGGUCUAAACCUCUGAGAACUCAAAAGUACAUCACCUUUCCUAGUUCCCGCACCAAAUCACCGCAAAGACUUGACCUCGGUUCCAGUCCAGAAUAGGAAAGGGAAAAAAAAAUGGCAGUCAACCUCCACCCCGGCACCAAUGGCACCAAUGGUACCGCCAACGACGAUUUCACCGUCAAGGCCGGCCUGGCCCAGAUGCUCAAGGGCGGCGUGAUCAUGGACGUGACGAGCGCUGCCGAGGCUCGCAUCGCCGAGGAAGCCGGCGCCGUCGCUGUCAUGGCCCUGGAGCGCAUCCCGUCCGACAUCCGCAAGAUGGGCGGCGUGGCGCGCAUGUCGAACCCCAAGAUGAUCCAGGAGAUCCAGGCGGCCGUCACGAUCCCCGUCAUGGCCAAGGCCCGCAUCGGGCACGUGGUCGAGUGCCAGAUCCUCGAGGAGCUCGGGGUCGAUUACAUCGACGAGAGCGAGGUGCUCACGCCCGCCGACGACAAGUACCACGUGCAAAAGUCCGAGUUCAAGAUCCCCUUCGUCUGCGGCUGCCGCAACCUGGGCGAGGCCCUCCGCCGCAUCAAGGAGGGCGCCGCCAUGAUCCGCACCAAGGGCGAGGCCGGCACCGGCGACAUCGUCGAGGCCGUCAAGCACAUCCGCACCGUCAACGCCGAGAUCGCCCGGGCCAAGGCCGCCCUCGCCGCCGAGGGCGACCUGGGCAUCGCGGCGAUGGCCCGCGAGAUCGGCUGCGACGCGGCGCUGCUGAAGCAGACCGCCGAGCUGGGCCGGCUCCCCGUCGUCAACUUCGCCGCCGGCGGCGUCGCCACCCCGGCCGACGCCGCCCUCAUGAUGCACCUGGGCUGCGACGGCGUCUUCGUCGGCAGCGGCAUCUUCAAGGACGCCGAGACGCCCGAGCACGCCGCCAGGCGCGCCCGCGCCAUCGUCAAGGCCACGGCGCAGUACAAGGACAAGAAGGCCCUGAUCGAGGCUAGCAUCGAGCACGGGGAGGCCAUGAAGGGCAUUAGCAAUGCCGGUCUGAAGCCCGAGGAGAAGAUGGCCGGCCGCGGUUGGUAAUAAAAACUCUGCGGCGGUCGGAAGUGGGGAGGCCGGGGAAUGUGAAUUCGACGUCUGAGGACAUGGAUUCGGACUAUUAACGUAUUAAUGGAUAGCCCGUCAAACCAUCCGUGGGCUUGGCUCUCUCCAAAACGCGCAGGGAUGAUGAUGUUAGACGGAUCUGAGGCAGGUUAUAUUUGAGGACUUUUUCAAAAUAGCAUUGUUAGUGAAGCUUUCCGGCUGAUUUUUCUCAACAAUUAUGAGGCACAGAAUAAAAAGGGACCAAGCAGCAUCUGUAACAGCGGG